AUGAGCCUCCUUUCGGAGUACUACAAGGAGCUGCAUCAAAACAGGCUCGUUGAGAAGCCCGACGUUUCUCGUAUGGAAAGCUUGUUUGUGAAGGCAUCGACGAUGCUCAAGAGAGUGUUGAUGAUUGUGGACGGCAUCGAUGGAUGCUCAAAUUACGGCAAUACUAUCAUGGACUUGGUGUCUUCUCUGGUGUCCCAAUGCCAGAAUUUGAGCAUUGUUAUGAUCUCUAGGCCAAACCAGUACAUUGAGUCAAGUUUCAUUACAUGGCCCAAUCCAUCAAAACUCGAGAUCACAACUUCGGCAGAGCAACUCAAGCUGUUCACCGCCAUGGAACUUCAGAAGAGAGUCAAUUGUGAAAGGCUGGCUAGCAUUGACCCAAGGAUUAAAGAUGAGGCUUUGGAGCGGCUCAGCCAUGGAAAUGGAGCAAGUUUCCGGUUGAUAGCUUGCCAAAUUGAGUUCCUCGCAGGAAGUGCUGUCAGCAAUGAAUGGGCAGCCUUUCUGGAGGAGCCUCCGCAAACCCUAGAGUCCUUGUCCUUGCCCAGUCAGUAUACGUGGGACUCGAUGGGGGCCCUGGCACUCAAGUCUUCCGAAUGGACGAAAGACUACGAUUUAUUUGCCAUUGUUGUGAGAGCAGGUGGUCAGCUGCAUGACGAGACGAUCGAAAUUUUCAGAUCGCAAUACCGAAAGCGAAAUGGACGACCUAACGACUCGGCACUAGUAGACGCAUCUGCAGUCUUGGACAUGCUCGCCGGAAUGGCCAAGAGAGGAGAAGGGGAAGCCGCCGCGUACUUGAAAGCAUUCAAGAAGGUCAUUUCGGAGUCAACCGAGGUCGAAGAACCAUUUCCAGUUUCCGAAGCAAUUACGGACACCAUGCUCAUGGAGAGAAUGUGGAAAGCAAUCGAAACAGACACAUUGAGCACACUCAAAGAAGCAUACCAACGUUGCAGCGGCCAUCUUUUCGAGGGGGAUAGCAUGACGAGACAUCUGGAUUUCGCUGUUUCAUGCUCAGCAGUCUCCUGUCUCGACUUCUUACUCACAUCAUAUGUCGAACAGAGACAUGACAAAGGCAGGUUGUCAGAGAUGGUUCUAAAUUGCAGUGAGAAUCGCAUGGAGGACGUGCUCAUGUGUCUCCUCGGCCACGGAGCCAUAACAACCACAAAGGACAACAUGCAGCGCACAAUAUGGCACCUCUCAGCCGAGAACGAAGACUGUGGCUCGAGGAUCCUCCAAGCUCUUCUAUCACAUGUUGAUCAGACCCAGCUUGAGCGGGCAUUACACAUGCUCGACUCCAAUGGACAGACACCGCUAGCCAGGGCUCUCCAGUGCGAAAGUCAUCAAUGCGUCGAAAUGAUGACCAGACAUUGCGAAGAAGAUCCCACGCUACUCCAAAGCAUCUCGCCACCGGUGAACUCUCUCAUUGGGGACAUCGAGUCCCCAGGCGCCCUCAAAAAGCUAUACGAAAAGGGUCUUCUUCCAAAGCUGCCAGGAGAGAUUCCGUUACAUUGCCUUGGACGAGAAUCAACAGCGGAUACCAUACGCGAACUUCUGGACAUCUAUCCGUACGCUGAGGCUUUGUUGUGGAAAAGUCCUCUUGAACUCUACUUGGCAGCAACUGAGUUCCACCGAUACGAUGAAGAGAGCUUGAAAGAACUCAUCUCUGCCGACUUAUCCCUACCGCCUGAUACGUCCAGGCGACACAUCUGGGCAUUUGUCUGCAACAAAAUUCGCACCAUUCACGCCUACCCUCAGCAAGAUCGUGUAGACUGGGGUGCCGACCUUGUUAAGCUCCUCAUAGACUCAGGUUGCCUGGCGUCCUACGAGAAAAUUUUCAAUAUCUCGGGUUUGAAGGAGAUCGAAUACUUGCUCAACAUGGGUAACAUACGAGUAGGCGUGAAGCUAGACCCUGAUCUCGUCUCUGUGUUAGAGGACGUCUUCAUUUCGACAUUUGAUUCCACCACAGACCCCAGCUUUCUGAAGUCUAGCGGCAUGGAUUGGAAGAUGUUGAAGUGGGCUGCUGCUUGCGAUUCCGUACUUCCCUCGCGGGUCAUUGCAAGCGCUGGUUUGCUUUUCCUCGGCAAAAUGGAUACCGACAACUGCUCAAUCGAUGGCAAUGGAGACUUGUACGGACUCGGCGUACGGGUCGGCGUUUAUUGCCAAUGGAUGUCAUCCUGGAUUCACAUGCUGGUCGACGAAGAGAGCGCCGAAGAUGUCCACGGAGUCAACGCCAUCUUCGUGUUCGCUAUCAUCAUUGCAACGAUACUAGCUCAGGUGCAUCAUGAUGUUCGCCCAAUAGAGCUGUACAUUAUGUUGCAAAUCUCUCUCGGCUUCUUCAUGACGGUCCUCAGCACCAUUGGAGUUCGCAAUCAUUUCUUACGGCCCGAACGGAUAGAGCUCAUAUGGCACCAUUUCCGCAGAAUCCUCGAAAAGCGCAAGGUGGAGCGACUCAAACGGGAAAGGUUCUGGACUCGACAACGCUUUCAAGAAGCGUUUGAAGAGGAGCGGGCAUCUAAGAGCCCCCUCAAAGCUCUGGGUGCCGCCCUUUGGAGAAUGGCCAAUGGCUUCCUUGAAGACGCGGCCGCGAAGAAUUAUGUCUCCAAUCCAAACUUCGAAGUGCCCCUCGAAUAUCUCACACCUUUCAAGCCCAGUCAUAUAUCAUGGCUUGGUGUGUUAUGGAGAACGUCCAUCCUUGGUAUCGUUGCCGGUUUCAACGUGUACUUCUGGUGUUCAGUUAUGAAAACACCGGAUAUCGACAGGGGUUGCGGUUCUCCUUUCAUAUUUCUUUUCUCAAAACAGCGCAUUCACGAGCCAGUAAUCAUAUUCUCGCAAAUCAUCUCAAUUAUUAUCGUCAUUCUGGUCCUGCCACUCUGUCUUCUCUUGACGUCUGCGGCUGGGUUUCUUGUCACUCUCUUAGCAUUUUGUGCCGUCCGAGAUAUCAUUUACUUCAUGGUACCCAGUGCGACUCGGGCAACCAAGGUUGCUCGACGCGUACUGCUUCCUAUUUUUGAGAGGAUACAGUACUAUCUUAGAGUCAGCGAGUUCGUUCUAAAACGAACACCUAGUCUGCGAUUCUUGAUUUCAAUCAUUUGGCUCUUCAUCUUGAUCAUUCAACUACUUUCCUUCUUCACAAACCUAUCCGAUCCGGCAACUGUCAGGAUCCAUGCUGUCGUCAGAGCUGGCAUUUCGCUCUUCACCCCAAGACAUUCAGAUACCAAGACUCACAAACAUUUACCUGAUGCAACUCAUGCCAUGACGGAUGCUAGUAAGAGACGUCGAAUAAGAUCCAUUUCUCGUAUCCUGAGCAUCGUUUGGAACGUUUUGGUCUUCCUUAGUAUACUGUGGUUCAUACUCUCGAUUGAGCUGACGCUGGGGUGGAACAAUGUUCAAGAUGUCAACGAAAUCAAGACCACCGGGCAGCUCAUUCCUUUCAUUAUCGGAUGUGUCAGCACAUGUCAGGUUCUGAAACAAGUUGGACUCAUUGGCCUUCGAAAGUUGUUUCCAGAUUGGGCAAACUAUGAGCUGGAGGCAGCGUACACUGCGAGGGGUGGAAUCAAGUUCCACAUAAACCACGUUGAGCCAGAACAAGAGAAGGCUAUCGUAACUUCAGACGUGCAAACUGGACAAAACGGGUCGUUGAAGAAUGCUGGAAGCGUUCAGUCAUCGGGCUUCAUCAGUUGA